AUGGAUCUUAGCUCCGUAGCUAAUAAUGGAACGAUAUCAAAAAAAAUAUGGAAUUUCAAAGGACAAGUGGACUAUGUCGACGAUUGGUUUCUUAUGAAGACUCCAUUCCUUUUACUUGUCAUCACGUCCGUGUACUUGCUUUUCGUAUUAAAAGUGGGACCUGCUCUUAUGAAGAAUCGAACUCCGUUCAAAUUUACUAAUAUACUUAUAUUUUACAACACCUUGCAAGUAAUAUACUCCUUUUACUUGUUCUGUAUUGGUGCAAGUAUUAUUUUUCUUAAUGGAUUGUUGUGCAAAUCUUGCCUUAUGGAAACAAAAGAGAGCCGCUAUUUGAUCACUUCAAGCAUCUACUUGUACUUCGCUGCCAAAAUAUCAGAGUUAAUCGACACUGUUUUCUUCGUUCUGCGAAAGAAGAACAACCAGGUCACCUUCCUUCACGUAUACCAUCACUCUUUGAUGAUGUGGAGUACUUGGUUAACCCUGAAGUACGAGCCAACUUACAGCACAAUGUUUUUGGGCACGUUGAAUUCUUUCGUCCACGUAAUCAUGUAUACUUACUAUGGAUUAUCAGCUUUCCCCAACCUGGAAAAGUACCUGUGGUGGAAGAAGUAUAUCACGAGCAUGCAAUUGAUACAGUUCGUGCUAGUUUUAAUACAUGCGGUAGCCAAUCUACAUUAUUCCGGCUGCGCUCCAUCCAACACUCUGAUGAUAACAAUACUUAUCAACGGGUUCUUAUUUAUAUAUCUAUUUGGUAAAUUUUACAUCAACUCUUAUAUGAAAUCAAAAGAAAAAGUUGUGAAAUGUAAUAAUAAUAAUAACAAUGUUAAUGGGAAAAACUACGAAAAAUCUGUGAAAAUUAAUUAG